AUGAAGGUUUUGAUUUUGGUCGCGAUUUUUGUAUUGGAAAUCAAUGGACGUGAGUUUCAGAAAUUUUAUUUAAAAAAAAGAAGAAAAUAUGGAUUUCAGAGUUUUAUCGAGGAGAAUUAGAGCCUCGGUAUAGUAAAAGAACACCUUAUCGACAGGCCGGAGAUCUACCUGAUCCUGUUUUUGGAAUUGGACAUGGAAAUCGUCGAAAUCCAUUUGGCUCACCUUUCGAGGAACGUGAAGACAAUAGAGAUAGAAAUCACGGACCACCGCGUUUUUUCCGUUCCCGAUUUCGUGGACCCGAACAAGAACGAGAUCGAAAAAAUGGUUCAGGCGAGGAUGGACACAACUCAGAGGAGAAUGGUAAUCGAGAAGAAGAACAACCAGAACAACAAUUUGGAGAUAGAAAAUUUCGAUUGAUAAAUGCAGAUGAAGUUAGAGCAAGAUUUGAUAAAGAACGAGAAGCUAGAAAAGAGAGAGAACCAGAGGAAGAGAAGCAGAGUGAAAAAGGACGGAGAGGAGAUGGACGGCGAGAGUCGUCAGGUGAGAGAGAAGGCGACGAUGAGAGACGACCGACAUGGAAAGAUAGGGAACAGAGACCAAGACAUAAUGAAAGACCGAGAUAUCAAGAAGAAUCAGAGAGACCCAGAGAACAUGGUAGAGAAAGAUCGAGAGAGCACGAGGAAGGUGAGAGACCCAGUCAUCCAGAAUCUACCGAUGAGGAGAGAACACAAGCAAACGGGAGAUCGAGACAACCAGAGCCUCAUGAAGAGGAGAGGCAUAGACAUCCAGAACCUACUGAAGAUGAGAGGCCACAUGCAAGCGAGAGAUCCAGAGAUCGAAAACCUGAACAGCACCACGAAGAGAGAAAAGAACCUGAUCAUCCAGCUGAUAGACCCAAAAACGUGAGGCCGAACGAGCGACCACACGAACAUGAGAAAUCCAGAGAAUCAGAACACGGAAAAACUUUAGAAAAUGAUGAGAAGCCAAGGCACAAAAACGAGGAGCGAUCAGGACAAGAAGAUAAACCCAAAGAAGCUACAAAAGUUGUUGGAUUAAAUAUGCAAAUGGUAGCUGGAGUAUAUCCGAAAAAAGAAGAGAAAACCAAGUUUUUUCGGAACCCCGAUUCGCAAAAUGAACAUCGAGAACGACGAGGAGAUCAGGAAAAAUAUGAAGAACAUCGGAGACCUGAGAAGGAAAGAAGAGAAGAAGAGACUGAUGAAAAUGCGGGAGCGAUUCCACCCGAAUUCCCACCAUUUCCCAAGUUCCCAGGUUAGUUUAAAAUAGGGAAAUAUAAAGGAGAAAUCAAAAAAUCGGGAAAAUGAAAUGACAUAUAAUCAAAGAAAAAUAAAUAUAAAUAAAGAUUGAGAAAAAACAUAAAUUAGGUUAGUAUUAUGAACUUAUUGUUAGGAGAAAAAUAAAAAUAAAGAGUUCAAUAAAAUUGGAUUUUGAUCACCGGAAAUUUACGUUGAGGUGAAAAUUAUAUGGUUAUUUUGAGAAAAAAGGUGAAUAAUUUACGAAGAUCAAUGAAAUAUACGUAGACUUGAAAAAAGGAACUUUAGAUUAAGACACAACUUUACGACUGAAUGCAUGUUUCUCAGAUCAAACUUUGGGGCAAACUAGAAAAAGCAAUGAAACACAUUUUUUGAAGAGUUCGAAAAUUUGAACGGUAGAAAAAUUUUGAAAUUUUAGAAAUUUCUGAUCAUUUAAUUUUUUCAGAUAUUUUGAAAGUUGUAAUUAGGUAAUUUUUUCCUUGGGAAAAAAAAUCAAAUUAUUGAUUCUAGACGGCAAAUUGCUCAUUGUUAUGUAGAUUUUUGAACAGAAAAACUUCCAAAAAAUAAUCUAGAGCGGUAAUAAAUCAGCAUAACUUUUCCUACUCAACUCCCCGCCUAUAAAUAUAUUUUUUUUAUGCUGGCGACGUUUUUGAAACAAUCCCCUCAUUUUAUGUCAAUAUCUAAUCAUGAUAAUUUCUAGGAUUUGGCGGAUUCCCAUUCCAUCAACCAGAUCCCAGACAAUUCGGUGGUUUUGGCGGUUUUGCGGGUGGUCCUUGGAACGAACCUCGAGGAUCUGCCGAACAACGGCCAAGAUCGUCUCGAGACGACGUUGAAGAACCUGAAUCAAGAUCUGAAAAUGACCGACGACCAGAUUCGAAAGACGAAAGAGAAUCAACAGAGCAAAACAAUCAUCCGACCCUUGCCACAAUUGCACCAACAACUGCACCAAUCACAACUACAUCAUCCACCAUUGGAAAAGAAGAACCAAGUCUUGUUACACCCAAAACUUCGGAUCGAAAAAUCCGAAGAAAUGAAAUUGAUUCAAGAUUUGAUGGAAGAAAUGGUGAAAAGUCAAAGAUUGAAGACAAUGAUUUGAAAAUGCCAACACCUGGCAGAUUUGUAACAAGUAUUCGAGCUAAAAAAUCCGAAGUUACCUCAACUAUUUCUUCUCCAACUUCUGCCAAACCCGAAGUUACCACAAUUAUUCUGCCAACUGAAUCAAUUAUAAGAAAUAUAAGAGAUGGUACAAGAGUGAAGAUUGUUUGA